UGAAUGACGUCAUUGCCAGCCAAUGGUUCAGCUGUGUCGGAAGUUUCUUGUAAUGGUGAACAUGGCACGGCACUCACUUUUCACCAUUGGAUUAAUAAUGUGUGUAUUUGUCGCUCAAUGUCAUUGCUAUUCGCAAAGAAAUGAAAACCAGAUAAAUAAUAAAAACCGUUACAUUCAUCGUAAAAGUAUUUCUGAUGUUUUUGUAAGAUAUCUUAGAGGUUAUAGUGUUAAAGAUGAUGAUGGAGGUACUUUAGAUAAAAACAAUCAGACUACCAUAAAAAAUAUUAGCUCGCUAAAUGAAACACUGACACCAAACACUACAACAAGCAAGCCUUCAACCACAAAAGUUAUGACACUUGAGGAUCUUCCUGUGAAGGGAUCUGCUGAAGAAGAACAUCAUAGCAGCUUAACAAUUUUUUUCAUCCUAUUAGUAAUUGCUAUCUGUAUCCUCUUGGUGCAUAGUUUAAUCCAGACUGAUUUCCAUUAUGUUCCUGAAAGUAUUGUUAUAGUUCUUAUAGGAGCUUUAAUUGGAUUAACUUUAAAAAUAUUCAAAUUUGGCAACUGGAGGAAUGAAGAAGCUUUUAGUCCUACAAUAUUUUUUAUUGUACUCCUUCCACCAAUUAUAUUUGAAUCCGGAUACAAUUUACAUAAGGGGAAUUUUUUCCAGAAUAUUGGCUCUAUUAUGGUAUUUGCUAUUUUUGGAACUGUUAUUUCUGCAAUGUUUGUUGGUGGUGGAGUAUACCUUCUUGGACAAGCUGAAAUAGCAUAUAAAUUGGAUAUUGUAGAAAGCCUUGCAUUUGGAUCCUUAAUUUCAGCUGUAGAUCCAGUUGCAACACUUGCUAUUUUUCAUGCUUUAGAUGUUGACCCAGUCCUGUAUAUGCUUGUGUUUGGUGAAAGUGUUCUUAAUGAUGCUGUGUCUAUUGUGUUGACCACAACUGUCUUAGAGUUCGCUUCACCUAAUGCUGUGUUUACAAGUGGUACAGCAACUUUUUUCUAUGCCUUAAAAAGAUUUUGCCUGAUGUUUUUUGCUUCUGCUGCUAUUGGUAUUGUGAUUGGACUUUUAAGUGCUAUUUUACUGAAAUCUAUUGAUUUAAGAAAAACUCCCUCCCUUGAAUUUGGUAUGAUGCUUGUGUUCUCCUACUUGCCAUAUGGCCUUGCUGAAGGAAUCCAUUUAUCAGGGAUUAUGGCUAUUCUGUUUUGUGCUAUUGUUAUGUCCCACUAUACACAUUUAAACUUAUCACCCGUGACACAAAUAACGGUUCAACAAACUUUUCGAACUGUUGCCUUCAUUGCAGAAACUUGUGUGUUUGCAUAUCUGGGAAUGGCUCUCUUCAGUUUUCACUUAAAUGUGAAGCCUUCUUUUGUAAUAUGGAGCAUUGGUCUAUGUCUUGGUGGAAGGGCUUUCAAUAUAUUUCCUCUGAGCUUUUUGGUUAAUUUUUUUAGAGAACACAAAAUAACAAAAAGUAUGCAAUUUAUUAUGUGGUUUAGUGGAUUACGUGGUGCAAUUGCAUUUGCCUUAUGUCUUCAUUUAGAAUUCUCCCCUGAGAAACGAUAUGUUCUUGUCACAGCUACAUUAUUUAUGGUUUUGUUCACUAUCUUAUUCUUAGGAGGUGCAACCAUGCCAAUCAUGAAGUUAUUAAAAGCAGAUAAACGGAAAAAAACAAAAUCUGAAAUAUCAUUAAGUAAAACAAAAGAAAUGGGAGAUACUGUGGAUUCUGAACACCUGUCUGAACUAACUGAAGAAGAAUAUGAAAUCAAUUUUGUAAAAACACAUUUACGAGGCUUUUUACGUUUUGAUGUAAAAUAUUUAAUACCUUUCUUUACAAGGCGUUUUACAAAACAGGAAGUACGUGAAGGUCGCACACAAAUGGACAAUUUAACAAACAAGUGGUACAAAGAAGUGCGGGCUGUUCCAUCAGAUUCCAAUUCUGAAGAGGACACAGCUUUCACACAAGAAACUAUUUAUCAUUAAACAAGUUAAUCUUUGGAAUUUAUAAUUUUUUUUUUUUUGUUAAGUAACAAUCACUGUGAUAAACAAAGCAUCUGAUUUAAUUUUAAUUCAUGAACAACACAAACUAAUUUAUUGUUGAUCUUUUACAAAAUAUUUUUUCGUGGUAUUUGUUUUGUAAUCUUGAAUUUUACUGUGGGCUGUUGAUAUUUUUUAUAAAAUGUAAUUUGUAAAUUGAUUAUAAAUAUUUAAAACUAAUUCUAAUAAAAGGAUGUUCUUUUGCAAGGUUAGUUUUAUCAAUUUAUCUCAUUUGGAAUCUGGAUAUCAACUUUUUUUUUAAUGUAUUUUUUUAUAUCAGUAAGAUGGGAGAAUUAUUGUUAGUAGAGCUGGUAUAAAGCCAGAUGGUUAUUGUCUUUGUACAGACAUAAUGUCAAGAGCCAAAUGCCGACAGUCAAACUGCUGAAAGUCAAAAUGUCAACAGUCAAAAUGCUGAUGGUCAAAUGCCAACAAGACAAAAUUUUGAUGGUCAAAUUGUUGCUAUUCAAAAUGCGAACAGAUUUUGUUUGCUUUUUUUUUAUUUAAUAAAAGUAAUUAAAAAUAACUCAAUUGGAGUAAUAUCUUAAAUAGAAGAAGGAUGUCAAUAAUUUGCAUUUAAUGAAAAAGCAAAAUACCAUAUAUGUCAGUAUAUAAGACAACUGGGUGUUGUAAAAACAUAUCAGUAGUUGCCAAAGCAGUGGUUAACUAUCAUCAACUGUUAUACAUUGCUAACAACUCACCAUACACUUUAGGAAUUAAGGUUCAAAUUUUAUACAUAUAUGUAUAAGAUUCCUCCUAUUUUGGAGGGGUAAUUUUAAGGUUAAAUUGUCAAUUUAUAUACACUGGCAUAUAUGGUGAAUAUAUUUUAAAACUAAACAUAAUAAUAAGAAGGUUGCUAAAAAUAAUUUGUUUUAAAAUUAAAGCAAUUUAUUGAAUUGAAUUGUGAACCAUUGACUUGAAAAAAAACAUGGGGGUUGAUCAAAUUAUAAAUUACAAGUUUCUUUUUAAUACAAUUGUUGACCUUGGUAUAUUUUUUUAUUUAUUCAUAUCACACUAUCUCUAAGAGAGUGUUAGCUUGCUAAAAGUUUGUGUAGCAUUAUAUCAGUUUCUUCAUUAUUAACAUUGUACAUAUCUUGUCAGGGAACAAAUACUAAUAUUCCAAGCCACCUGAUGGAGGAACCAUUUUCUACAUUGAAAUUAUCUGUUGAUCUCAAAAUGCUGAAUUUUGUGCUAUAAACACUGGCUCAAGUGAAAAUAGCAACUGUGGUAAAUUUAUUUAUUGUGGUUUAUUGCUGUUUGUUACAGCUAUUUCAAAGUCCACUGUAAAUGAUUAUGGAUAAAUAUAUCUCUCUUUAUUGAAAAUUACAUUAUCUCUUUGUAUUUAUCCAUGAUAAUAUUUUAGUUUCAGAAACAAUGGCAUGAAGAGUAUAAAACUGUAUUCUGUGAGACUCUCAAGAAAAUGUUCCAUCACUUAUCUACUUCUUUUCCAUUACUACAACUUUUAAAUUUUCCAUUCAUUGUUAAAUAAAUAUCCUCACUUUCUAAUAAAAAAUUUAUCAACUCUUGUUAAA